AACUGUUAUUACAGGCAGUUCAUCUAAACAUCUGGUCAUUCCUUUAGUCCUGAGACUCUGUCUCUCUUUCUUCUUCUUCUUCCUCGGAGUGUCAGUUGGAGGCUUUUAAAGUAAUUAACUCCAUUCCUUGGAGCUUCAUAAGCUUAAACAGUUCUUAUUAUCAGCAAGUGGAAAGUUUCUCUUUCAACUUCACCGCCAGUCAUCAGGGGAAAAGGGGUCUGUUUUUCUUCUCCUCUUUUUUUUCUUCUCCUUAGGGAAUCUUCCCCCCUCUCCCCUUCUCCCCAUCACGGUUCUGAGCUUUCAAGGUCCUUGUUUAUUCCACUUUGGCUUCUCUCUCACUGGCCCCGGGUACUUCUCCCUCAUACAGAACAUGAAAGUUUUACUUAUCUCCGACUCCUCGGACUGGCCCUUUUUCCCCCUCCCUUCUUUUGCCUCAGUGCAGGAGCUCUUUCUCUCCGCUCUGUUCCCGGCCCGCCCCCCCCCCUCGCUGCCCCCUCCCCGGCGCUUCCCUCCUUCGGCUUUCACCAAAAGCCCUUUCCAGGCGCUGCUGCUUCCUGCCAGCCAGAGGGAGUGCCGUCCGCCUAGCAGUCUUUCUCGACUUUCUUGAAAUGUUACGCUGUGCUGCCCGAUUAGUCAACGACGGCUUCGUCCACCCGUUUUCACUCCCUCUCCAUCCGAACCUCGUCUGGCUUUCCCUGUGAUAGUACGUGCUGCGUACCAGUACAGACUGAAGAGGCCUGAACGCCCGCAGGACGCCGGGGACCGGCCCGCCUUCAGCCUGAACCCUCUGCACCCGGGGAAGGAGUCCCUCCGGAUGCUGCAGGAGUACCUGAAGAGCGUGCGGCCGGCGGACGAGGAGGCCAGCGCCGCCCUGACGAGAGACCAGGCUCUCCUGUUCCUCUUUGCGCUUCACGAUGAUGACCAGAGUGGACGGCUGGACGGCCUGGAAUUGAUGCAGCUGCUGGGGGGGCUGGGCUCUUGGCAAGCCGAGGGGAAGCCCAGCCCGGACUCGGUGGUGCAGAUGGUGGACAGCAUCUUGGCCACUCAGGACAUCAAUGGGGAUGGGGUGCUGGAACUUUCAGAGAUGCUCCUUGGCCCCCAGCAGCAGGGUCAGCCCCCAGCCUCGCCCAACAGGGAAGAAGGGGGCCCUGCGCCGUGGGCACCAGAAGCAACUCCCCACCACCACCACCACCACCAAGAGGGUGCUGCCGGUCUCCCAGAGCGCCAGGAGGGCCUCCCCUCCAUCACCACCACUUCAGAGGCUGCUCCAGAGCAGGGCACGAAGGACGGCCCUGCUCCCCAGUGAACCCUUGGCCAGAGGAGCAGGAGGGAGUGCCUGGCCAGGAGGACACGGCACAGACCAUGUCAGGAGACGGAAAACCCUCCCCAUCACAAUGAAGGGCAAAACGGGGGGGGGUGUGUGUGAGCUGGCUUGGCCCAUGGACUAAGAGCUGCCAGGGCAACGUCAGGGAGUGGGACGGCUUGGAGGCUACUACCCCCAGUGGCCAAAUGCCCCCCCCACCUGCAAUAUCUCUGUCCCUCAGAGCUUAUUCAGC